CACUGUGUUCUUGAAGAAGAGAACUUUGACUUUGCCAGGUUUCAUUGCCGGGAGGGACAGAGCUCUGGGACCUGCAGCCUCCAGGUUCCAGCUCCUAAUCUGCUCAGAGACCAGUGCACAGACCCUGUUAACUAUUCAGAACCACCACACACUGCCUUGCUUUGGCCCUGCUUCUUGGCCACCCUCUCCUCCCAUCAGCCCCUGGACCCACUCAGUUGCAGCUAGUUUGACUUCCCGGGCUUUAUUGAUUCCUAGUCUUUCUGCUCUGGAGGAGCACGAAGAGGAGAUUGAACUCUAUCUAGGCUUUGGAACUGUUUAGUGGAGGCAUGAACUCAAAAGCUGUUGGAGACCAUCCCCCUCCCCACCUAGGGAGAGGGUGUCUCCUCCCUCUCAGGCCCUCUGUCUGGAACAUUUUUGAGAUGGUUUGGCUCUCAGAGUUGAGUUCCCUUGACUGUAGUAUUGAGGCCACUUCCUGGUGUGUGGCAGCCCCACCCCCUCAGCCCACACUCACCUGCGGGCUGACUGGCGUUCACGUCCACACCUGUGCUGCAUCAGCUGCUCAGCCUUGAUAAGGCCUCUUGCGUUCGGACUCCUUUCCAGAAGGUGAAGGUUUAUGGUAACCCUGCCUAUGCACCUCUGAAACUUUUGCUUUCAGCCGUGAGCAAGUCUCAGGGUCCUCCCUCCCAGCUGCCUUCUCAAGGGUGGAGCUGGAGGCCUAGCAGCUGCCUAGUAGAUUGAUUUUCCUUUGUACCCAGGCAUAAGCUGAACUUCAAGCUUCCAGGAAAGACGAUGAGCGAGACUCCCUCUGUCAGCUGCCCCCGACCCCUGCCUGAGCUGCAGCCUCUGGACUGUGAUGCCUUCAGCCUCACCCUCAAUAGCAGGGCUGGUCUCGCGUUGGGGGGCAGAGGCAGCCACCCUGGGGCUGGCCAGGAAAUAUGUCCUCAAAGAGCUCCCCUUCCUGAUAUGGGCCUCUUUCUCCUCAGCAGCCAACAGAUGCAUGGAAAGACAGCUUCUCUGAAGAGCACAGAGAAACCAGGCAGGGUCCAGAGACCCCCAGACUCCAGUCUGCACUGGCCAGAAGCCUUGAGGGAUGAAGACAUAAAGAAGUGCGGCCGAGAAGGGACACUAUUGAGUAAAUACAACCAGCAAUACCACAAGCUGUUUAAGGACAUCCCCUUGGAGGAGGCGGUUCUCAAAGUGUGCUCUUGCGCCCUCCAGAGGGACCUCCUUCUCCAGGGCCGGCUCUACAUCUCCCCCAACUGGCUCUGCUUCCACGCUAGCCUCUUUGGCAAGGAUAUCAAGGUGGUCAUUCCUGUGGUGUCUGUGCAAAUGAUCAAAAAACACAAGAUGGCGCGGCUCCUUCCCAAUGGCCUGGCCAUCACUACCAUCACUAGCCAGAAGUAUGUUUUUGUGUCACUUCUCUCCCGGGACAGUGUAUAUGACAUGCUAAGGAGGGUCUGCACCCACCUACAGCCUUCCAGCAAGAAGAGUCUAAGUGUAAGAGAAUUUCCAGAGGAACCCGAGUGCAAAUCUCUGGAAGUCCUCAUCCCUGAGAUGAAGUGGAGAAAAGCAUGCCCUGUCUCCAGAUCCCUGUCUGUCCCAGACAACAUCCCUUGUAUCCCUCAGACAUCCAUGGACUCCACAGAUGACUUCUUCUCCUCCAGGAAGCCUCUGGGGUCUGAAAAUACUGUCUCUGAGGAGAAGCUGGAGGAGGAGUCCAGGAGCAAUGGGGAGCUGAGGCACUGGGAUUACCGGCUCCUGAAGAUCUUCUUUGUGCUGAUCUGCUUCUUGGUCAUGUCCUCAUCUUAUCUGGCAUUCCGCAUCUCCCAACUGGAACAGCAGUUAUGCUCCCUGAAUUGGGAUGGCUCAGUCCCCGGGCACAGGUGAUGAUGCCCUUUCUCUUUCUCAUGCCUCUGGGGUUUGAGGGUUAAGGACAGGAACCAAAACCUAUGGCCAGGCUGCUUGUUACUUUGGCUGGUCUUGGCCUUGCCCUUGAGCUGGCUUGAUGGCCCUCAGCAAGGUCUGCAGGGUAUACAGGAUAUACAGAUCCCACUUUGACUUGCUUUCAUGGGGGAAGGCUUCACUGACCUGUCUGUCUGCCUUUUAGGCCCUUUGUCUGACCCGGCUACCUCU